UUCAGUUGUAGCGGCACCGUGGCUGAGAUCGGACGCGCGUGUGUCCCCCGUUUACCUGGCGACUCGCGCGGCCACGCGCGCGUCACUCCUUCGUCGCGUCCUCCGGCUUUCGGCCGCGGGCGGUGUCUGAUCAGGCGCGCGGUUGCUUCACUGAUCGGCCGGCGCCGCCGUCUGUUUCCACUGCGACCGGCCUCUUCCCGGAGAGUGAACGAAACGGACGCGGUGUCGCGUCAAAUGGGACGCCUCGCUGUCGUCCGGACGAUCGUUCGUCCGACGGAAUCGGCGGCUGUUGAAAUUGCGGGGAAAUUCCCGAGAGAAGAGAACACACCGAUGUCUCGGUGUGAUGAUGGAAGCCCCGGCAGCGCCGUAAUUUGAGAGUUCAACGAAGGGGAGUCUCUCAUUCGGGAAACUUGGGGAGUUAUCUGAGUAAAGCUCUCUCUCUCUCUCUCUCCGGUUGCAGUCAUGGGACCGAAGUUCCUCUUCGACUUCGCCGCGAGACUCGCGAUCGGCUGGAGAGAGUGGUAACACGUAUGCAGGGAGGCACGAUGGUGCAUUUUCGAAUCGCAUCCCGCGGAAAGUUGUGCGGCGCGCCGGAAGCGAGCCGGCCUGGGGCGCGCCGGGCGAGCGGUAACCCACCUGCCUGAGGUUAACGUUAUGGUAACGUGAAUCGAUCGUCCGAUUUUCGCUCUCCGUCCGCGCGCCGGCUGUUACGGACGUGCGUGCGUGCAUGUCACGAGCGUUGAUCGCCCGCUCGCUCGAAGAACGUGCAACCCGCGUCGGGGGGUGGACACGAAACUACACGCGGAUUUUCAACUCGGUUGAAACUAUCGCAAGCAAGGAGGGGAAAAAAAAGACGCUUCUCUUUCUUCCUCCUCCUUCCCACCCUCCGUAACUUCAGUUCCAAAGGUUAUCCUCGCCGCGAAGGGCGCGCGCGGGGGCUGCCGUCAUGAAGAAGACGCUCGCCGCAUCGUCUCGAGGGAUUGCCCGCCACGCGCAAUUACGCAGUGCGAAUUCGACGAGAGGAGAGCGUCGUAAUUAAAGGACACGCGUGUGCCUCAUCGGUCGGGGCGACUUGACACGGCGCUGUGAUAAAUGCUCGCUCGCGCCUUCGUACGACGGACGCGCUCUCCCGGUCGGAUCGGAUAUGAGACUGGACGUUUCGAGCGGGAGAAUUCCGACGGCGGAUCAAACGAAUGGGGGGCGCGGAAGGAGGAGGGAAGAGAUCGAGGAGAGGGUGCGAUGAAAGCAGUGAUUCGUCCUUAAAGUCAGCUUAGACGCCCGGUAUCGCGGGAGACGAGUCGUCCGAGAGCUGGGGAAAAUCGCGUUCGGCUUCGAUGUCCGACCGUCGGCCCCGUGAUUCGCCUCCCCCGCACACGUGCAAUCGUGAAUCCCGACCCGCGAGAAUCCUCCUCCCUCCCGAUGCCCGGUCGAGCGGCGUCCGGAAUUUCGCGUCGAACCGCGGCGACCGCCGCGCGUCGCCGCACGUGCGCGCGGUAAACCCGGCUUAAACCGGACGUAAAGUUCGCGGCGGAUUAUAUCACACCGCGUAUUACGGAUAACCGGAUCCAAGGGUAGAGUCCGCCCUCCCCGCGUGGGUGUCUUCGACGGCAGUGAUGAGGGGCGUGCGUUGACGAAAAGUGCCACGGUCGCAUCGCCGGCGAGGAUGCCGAGGAAGUGAGGCUCACUCGAGACCGACGAUGUCUAGACCGGGCAAGGAUCCCGUGCAGAAGUGCCACUCGGAUCCGGGCGCGGCGGCCGGCACUUCGUGCAGCCCCAGCAAGCGAAUCUCGCGGCGACACAUGCCGGCGUGCAUACCGACCUCCCCGAACACGCGCAAGUGCGUCUUGACCUUGGACGGAUACAGUUACGUUAUCGUUGCAUCUCCGCCGGACAGACGAGUCACGAGGGACGAUAUCGGAGUGGCCUCGGCCGGUGUAGCGGCGAACGCGAACGAAGCUACCGGCUGCAGCAGCGGCGCGGCGACCUCGAGGCCGCGCAAUCCCUCCUCACCCGGCCGAAACGGCCAGCUCCCCAAACAGGGCACUUUGACGAUAGUACGCCGAAGCUCCGGCAAAAGCAAAAGCAUCGCCGCUGCGGGGAGCUUCGAAAGUUCCCCACCGCCGCACAAUCCCGACGCGAGCUAUUUAUCGAGCCAAUCCGUCGAUCUCGAAGAGAUCCUCGAUAAUGUCGAUCUCACGACGGACUCGCUCCCUGCCGUUGACACCCCCGAUGCGUGCGACAAGGCCGCCCUCAGACUGAGGUGUUUAUUGAGGCAACUGCAACAUGGGGAGAUAUCCGCCGAACUGCUCCAACGAAACCUGCACUACGCAGCACGCGUACUCGAAGCCGUUUUCAUCGACGAAACUAAGGUGAGUUCAAGCGGGAAUGAGUGCGCUCGGUCAUCACGUAGGGGGGCGGGCCUGACGUCUUCAUCCCUAAGCGGCGACCCGGACGGACCACAGGGCCACGCGGUGGUAACCCAGAAACGGAAGCUUCGCACCCCCGUAUGGGCAAGGCGGCUGGCGGACGAAGAUGACGAGCUGUCGGAGGUGCAGCCGGACGCGGUGCCGCCGGAAGUGCGUGAAUGGCUGGCCUCGACUUUCACCAGGCAGCUGGCGACCACCAGGCGGAAGGCCGACGAGAAGCCGAAAUUCCGCUCGGUCGCGCACGCCAUCCGCGCGGGCAUAUUCGUCGAUCGGAUCUACAGGAGGGUCACGAACACCGCCCUCAUGCAAUUCCCGCAGGAUGUCGUGAAAGUGCUCAAGACUUUAGACGACUGGUCGUUCGAUGUGUUUUCCUUGAACGAGGCCGCGCUGGGCACGCCGGUGAAAUACCUGGGCUACGAUCUCCUCAAUCGAUACGGCAUGAUUCACAAGUUUAAAGUACCGCCCGCAGUUUUGGAGUGCUUUCUCGGGAGAGUCGAGGAGGGCUAUUGCAGGCAUCGGAACCCGUACCACAACAACCUUCACGCUGCCGAUGUCGCGCAAACGAUGCAUCACAUCCUCUGUCAAACGGGCUUGAUGCAUUGGCUGACUGAUCUCGAGAUUUUCGCCACCCUCGUGGCAGCGAUUAUUCACGAUUAUGAGCACACUGGGACCACAAACAAUUUCCACGUAAUGUCCGGCAGCGAAACAGCACUCCUGUAUAACGACCGUGCUGUGUUGGAAAAUCAUCACAUCUCGGCCAGCUUCCGAAUACUCCGUGAAGAUGACUCCAACAUAUUGCAGAACUUGUCGAGGGAGGAAUUUCGGGAAUUUCGAUCGCUCGUGAUCGACAUGGUUCUCGCCACCGAUAUGAGUUUUCACUUUCAACAGUUGAAGAACAUGAAGAAUCUACUGAGUUUGGCGGAGCCGAGUGUGGAUAAAAGCAAAGCCGUUAGUUUGGUCCUCCAUUGUUGCGACAUUUCCCACCCUGCUAAAAGAUGGGAUCUCCAUCACAGGUGGACGAUGCAACUUUUGGAAGAGUUCUUCAGACAAGGUGACAAGGAGAGGGAACUCGGCUUGCCGUUCUCUCCUCUCUGUGACCGCAAUAACACUUUGGUGGCUGAAUCUCAAAUAGGAUUCAUAGAAUUCAUCGUCGAGCCUAGCAUGCAAGUGUGCAGCGACAUGCUGGAAACCGUUCUCGCGCCGUUAAAUGUCAAGGAUACCGGCGAGGAGCCCAGCAACGGUUCGGGAGGGGAGGGUAGGAGAUUCAAAAUCAACAAACCCUGGAUCCCGUGCCUCGCGGAGAACAAGAGGAUCUGGAAGGAGCAAGCAGUUCGAGAUGCGGAAGCCAAAGCACAAAAGGAGCAAGAGCAAAAAGGCAGCGGUAGCCGCGAAGACGGCGGAGGAGCGCCGGCCGAGGAAUGAAAGAUACAGCGGGCGAUUGUGUUUUUCAAGAGUCUCUGUAAUUUUAGGCUACGGGGCAGCUCGUGAUCGCAUCGCGGUCAGGUUUACGGACUUCAUUACGCUUACGAAUGAGAACCGAGCGUCAUUCGGUAGUACAAAUAGACGUAUGUAUGUAUGUCGUACAUAUUAGACGAGCGGAAACGACGAUUCAGUAUGUCGAGGAAAUAGUUUAUUUAGAUUGAUACCCCUCAUCUCAAAGGGGCCUGAGUCGUAUACACUUUGUCCCGCUACUCCUGUGGAAUAUUUCGUAGACACUUUGAUCUUGGCGGAUUGUCUCUUUCUUCUUUUUUACGGCUCACGCGUGUUUCGUAAGAUCAUUCGUUCUUCUUUUUCAAUUACCGCAGCGUUUCCCGAGAAGAUUAUCGCCGACAUGUCGUGAUCCAAGCCGAAACUUUGAUUCUGCAUGAACCAUUAAAGUAUCAAUGUAGAGGAAGACUAUUAGAUAAACGAAUUAUUGGAUAAGUCUCGUAUACAGGGCGUCCCAGAAUAACCGCGUGAGGAAUACAUCGAGAUUCUUGGUACGAAGCAUCUUUUCUGAUAUUUUAGGCUUUCGCCUAAAUCUGUCUAAAUUUCGUUAGAAACGUAAGUUUUCUGAGAGUCCCUCAUUUUGAAGAAGUGAACUGAAACGUCGGAAAUAAAUUCACGAAAGACGCUAAAACUCGGGAGCUAAAAUUAAAUAAAGCAGCUUUUCGUUUGCUGAAAUUCCGCUUGAAUGGUAGCUUCUAAGUGAGAGCUACUUGAAGUUCUGAGCCUAAAGUUGGAUAUUGCAUAAAGUAUUGGUCGUAAGUAUUGCAUCAAUCAGAAAAUAUGGAAAACGUGUGACAAUUAUUAAGUUCUUCGUUUUUUCUUCCAGAAUGUUAUAGUUAUUACAAUUAUACAAAUUGUUAAAAAUAUAUAAUAUUUAUUAUUUAGCCCAUAAUCUGUUCAUAUUAAUUAAGAUUUUGUACAUUAAAACAAUAAUUUCCCUACUUUCAUAAGCGAUACAAUAUUUUUGACCAGAAUGAAACGUCGUUCUUUCAGUAGCAUCAGUAAGAAAUUUUUUCUAUCAAACAAAUUUUAUUAAAAAUAAAAUAAGUAAUAAUAUAUGUUUAAGCAACACUAAUAAUUUUUUACUGCUGUAUCAAAGUGUUGCCUUAACAUUAAAGAAAUAUUUAUAGCCUUGAAACAAGCCGAUGGAAUAUCAUUUGUAUGAAUUAUUUAUACGAAUUAUUUAUACGAAUAACUUCUAUUGAAAAUACCGAUAGAUUUAGAACUUAAUCAGCUUUUAUUUGAAAAGUAUCGUUUGAACGGAAUUUUGAUAAAUAAAAAGCAGCUUUAGUUGGCAUCAAGAAUUUCUCGAUUCGUUCUGAUGGUUACUGUGGGACACCCUGUAUAUGAACCUCAAUAUGAAGAUACAAUACGGACUAUUGAAAUGAUAAAAUGUUAAAUAAUUAUCAAACAAAUCUUUUUUUUCCUUAGAUAAAUCCUUUUUCAGGUCUCAACUAAACGGAGACAAGUAACAAUUUGCAUUAGCAUCGAAAAACAACGGGGAGGGGGGAGGAAGUCUCUCAAUAUAAUAUUAAUACUUUAAGAUUCUCCAUUAGUCCUUCAAGUUUGGCAAUAUUUACAGGAUCAAUGUAGAACCAAAAUUUCGAUUCAGGAAUGAUCGGACAUUUAUUGAUUUCAAUAGGCUUCUUAAGAUUCGCUUUUACCAAUCUUUCCAUAAGUGAGAUAUCUCUUGUCCUUCAAGCAUAAAUCGGAAAAUCUUUUUAAAUCACUCCUGAUGGAAUAAAGUGAUGUCAAGACCGGGCAAAUCUCAUUCUCAGUUGAUAUAUCACGCGAUCAAAAA